ACUUGGUUGCGAAUAACAGGAAGUAGCAAGUCAACAGGAAUUAGUUUUCUGGAAACUUUUGCCCUCAAACGCAAACAAAGGCUUGAAUCUAAAAGACUAAACUUGUGUGUAGGAAGUUAGGUCAUGUGUCAGACUAGUGUUUUAUCAGCCGGUGUUAGAUACUGAGAGACUCGACGCUUCCGCCGCCGCGGGUCAUCGCCUGUGUUUGUUUACAUGGAGUCGAACAGCUGACCAGCUAGCAGUUAGCAGCCUAGCUUAGUGAAACCGAGUCACACGAGCGGUUACAUCGUCUCCAUGAAUGAAACUUAACUCCGGAGGACGAGGUAACGCACAUUCUUUAAACAGGGAAGCGGUGGUUCUAGGUCCCGGUGAUCUGUGGGAAGUGUGACUGUGAUGCGAAGCUAACGAGCCGCGUUAGCAGGGUCCUUCCAGACCAGCGAAGAAGAAGUUGUUGUUCGUGCCGCCGAGCCUCGGGCCAGCUCCGGAGGCCUCGAUGUGCAACAUACCGUGUUCCUGCGGGAACUGGAGGAGGUGGAUCCGGCCGCUGGUCGUCGUCCUGUACAUCCUGCUGCUGCUGGUGGUCCUGCCACUGUGCAUCUGGGAGCUGCAGAAGUCUGCGGUUAGCACACACAACAAAGCAUGGUUCAUUGCUGGGAUAUUUGUCUUCAUGACCAUACCCAUAUCAUUAUGGGGCAUUCUUCAGCAUCUGGUUCACUACACUCAACCCGAGCUUCAGAAACCUAUCAUCAGAAUAUUAUGGAUGGUCCCAAUCUACAGCUUGGACAGUUGGCUUGCACUGAAAUACCCCAGUAUAGCGAUCUAUGUGGACACAUGCAGAGAAUGCUAUGAGGCCUACGUCAUCUACAACUUCAUGACCUUCCUGCUCAACUACCUGGAAAACCAGUACCCGAGCCUGGUGCUGAUGCUGGAGGUUCAGGAGCAGCAGAAACACCUGCCUCCUCUCUGCUGCUGCCCGCCAUGGCCGAUGGGAGAGGUUUUACUGUUGAGAUGCAAAUUGGGAGUGUUACAGUACACAGUCGUAAGACCUGUCACAACGGUGAUUGCCUUAAUCUGUGAGCUGUGUGGAGUGUACGAUGAAGGAAAUUUCAGUUCCACAAAUGCUUGGACGUACCUGGUCAUCUUCAACAAUAUGUCACAACUGUUUGCCAUGUACUGCCUGGUGCUGUUCUACAGAGCCCUGAGGGAGGAGCUGGGUCCAAUCAAACCAGUGGGCAAAUUCCUGUGUGUGAAAAUGGUGGUGUUUGUCUCUUUCUGGCAAGCCGUGUUCAUUGCUUUGCUGGUGAAAGUGGGCAUCAUUUCCAAGGACCGUACAUGGGAAUGGAACAAUGUGGAGGCUGUUGCUACUGGAUUGCAGGAUUUCAUCAUAUGUGUGGAGAUGUUUCUGGCAGCUAUUGCCCAUCACUACAGCUUCACUUACAAGCCUUACAUCCAGGAGGCUGAGGAGGGCUCGUGCUUUGACUCUUUCAUGGCAAUGUGGGACAUAUCUGAUGUCAGAGCAGACAUUUCUGAACAAGUCCGCAAUGUUGGGAGAACAGUUCUGGGUCGUCCAAGGAAGUCUUACUUCGGCGAGGCGGAGAAUGACGGCGAGCGAUCUGGCUUGCUCUCGUCGGGCUCCCAAGAUGCCAUCACCGAGGCGGCAUCCAACCCAGUGUCGCCCAACGGUCAGUACCAGGGCCUGGGGAGAACCCUCACGCCGCACUCUCGGUCGGCUCCCGCUGGGCUCAGCACCGCCCCAUGGGACGAAGGGUAUGAAGCUCGACCUGAAGACACCCAGGAAGAAGACAGGACCGACCAAAGCAUAGACCCGGCGGAGGCAGAUCUCAUUGUGAUCACUUAGCCCAACAUCAGAGCUGAUGUCACCAACAGACUCUACCAGACAUGGUUGGGCAGGACCCAAUUAACGCCGUGCCAUUUUCCUGCAGACAUUACGUUACUGAUUCAACAGCAAAGGGCACAGCCGCCAAGUAGUUGUAGACGUUUGCCAGCAAAGGCAAAGCUAGAUGGACCUCUCUGCCAGUGACAGCUCCGUGAAUGUUCAGUGGAGUUAUGGCUUAAUGAUUUGUAGGUAACAAGCAUUUUAGCCAGUUUGCAUAUUAUUAUGCCUCAGCAAGCUAUGCCAGAAUGGUUUUUAUCCACUUUUAUUGGGAGAGACUGGUUGGUCUGUUUUAUCACGUGUCCCAAAGAGCCCGGUCUGUGUUGUUGUGCUCCUUAAGGUGAGAGUCUACAUGAAACCUCCUGAAGUCCCAAGUGAAGCAUGUUUCUACGUGUCAGUGCUUUCAUGUUACAAUCUCAAAAUGUGACAGAUGAUAAACAGAAAUAUGCAACUUGUAAAAGACAAAUGUUACCUUCACAUUAUGUCUGAAGACUAAAGCACAUUAUGUGUACAGAACA